AUGGCUCUUCGAGCACCCACAAUUCGACGAACUAGUGGCAACGAUGAUGAUGAAGAAAUCGAAGAAACCGAAGACGAUCUCAUUGAAAACUAUCGCUACUUAACGGAACGAUGCGGUGUUUUGCGUUAUUCUCCGACCACGAAUGCUAUCAGUUCCAUUCAGCAUGAAAAAGAGAAAGAAAAGCAGGUGAAUCAAUCGUCCUUCGUCCGUCAGUACUCGUCUAUUAGUGAAACGACGCAUCAUCGUAAUCGAAAUAAAAAUCACGUGAAUAGCAACGAACUUGAUCGUUCAUUCUCUUCAGCAAGACAACGGUGCUCGCCAUUUAAUGACCUAAAUAAUAAUAGCCCAGCAUAUCCAACCAAUCUGAGUCGAAUACCUCCAACCAUUUAUUACAAUGACGACGAUGAUGAUGGACUUGGCAAUGCUCAAUCAUUUUCUUUAGUGAAGUUAUUCGCACGUAUGAAAGCACGUUUGAAACACGAUCGACGUUACCGUUCGAAAACUUCGCAUGAGUUACUCUACGAAGAAGAUCCUCAAGAAUGGUAUGAAUUAACGAAAAACGUUCGAACUGUUUUGACAAAAGCUUUGCUGCCCGAUGGUGGCUACGAUGCAUUGACAAAUCGUUCGAAAACUCAUAGUCGGCAAGGCUCGUGUAGGAAAGCUCGCGAACACGAUCCCGUUUUAAGCAAAGACUUUGAAGACGAAGACAAAAUUACUAUUGACAUUGACGAUGAAACGAACACAGAAGGUGAUCCGGAAUUUGAUGAAAUAAUUUGGGAGAAGUUCUUAACGUGUAAUCGCGGUUUUAAUUAUCGACGUUGUGGUGUAUGCAAAGCUAUCGAUCGGCAAUAUUUUCAAGGACAAUUAGUAUUUUUUUAUGGUGUCGCUAAUAAUAUUCUAAUCGAUGAAAAUUUAAAAGCGUCAGGAUUGGGCUAA